AUGCACAUUAUAGAUACUAUAGGAACUACAUAUGUAUAUUUAUAUUUGCAUUCUGUUGUUAUAAAUUGUAGUUUUAUGAAAAAGUCGUCGAUUAAGAAACUCCGGGAAUGUUUUUGUGUGGACCGACAGAGAGGUCAAAGGUCAGCUGAACCCGGAACAUCAACAAAGCAAACAGAGCGGCGGGUUGUUAGAGUCCGGGCCGCCGCCAUGUUCUCCGGUUCUCUGCUGGCGGCGCUCAGCCUGCUGCUGCCCCGCAUGGCCGGCUGCUCUCCGCCGGCCCGGGACAUCCCGCACAUCGCCGCCUACUUCGGCACGAAGACCCGGUACGAGGAGGUGAACCCGCGGCUGCUGCGGGACCCGCUGUCCGUUAACGGCUCGGUGCUGAAGCCGCCGCCCGCCGAGCGCUGCGCCCCGGUGCACCUGACCGCCGUCAUCAGGCACGGCAGCCGGUACCCGACCCUCAAGAACAUCCGCAGGAUCCAGAGGCUGAGCGAGCUGGUCCGGAGGGAGGCGGGCCGCGGCCCCGGGGGCUCCGGGGGCUCCGCCGCCUGGCUGCAGGGGCUGCAGAGCCGCUGGGACAUGUGGUACACCGAGGACAUGGACGGUCAGCUGGUGGAGAAGGGCAGGGAGGACCUGCGGUACCUGGCGCGGCGCCUGGCGCUCCUGUUCCCGUCGCUCCUGUCGGAGGAGAACCUGAGGAGGAUCAGCCUGAGGAGCAGCUCCAAGCACCGCUGUGUGAGCAGCGUGGAGGCGUUCCAGGAGGGCCUGCAGCAGCACUGGGGCCACACCACGCCGCAGUACCGCCACCAGGUGGACGACGAGCUGAUGCGUUUCUUCGAGCGUUGCCGUGGUUACGUGGAGGGCGUGGAGAAGAACCGCACGGCGCUGCUGGAGGUCGACAAGUUCAAACACGGAGAGGAGAUGGAGGCCCUGAGGAAGAGGAUGGCCGACAGGCUGGGCCUUCCUCACCACCGCCUCACGCCAGAUCUGGUGGAAGCAGCGUUCUUCUUGUGUUCCUACGAGCUGUCAAUCAAAUCUGUCCACUCCCCCUGGUGCUUCCUGUUCAAUGAGGACGAUGCUAAGGUGUUGGAGUACAAGUCUGACCUGAAGCAGUACUGGAAACGCUCCCACGGUCACGUGAUCAGCGGCCUGUCCAGCUGUCCUCUCUUCCACCACGUCUUCAGGACGCUGGACAAGGCCGGACGUCCCCGCAGGUCGACUGAUGCGCCUCCUGAGCCCGCCUCCAUCCUGGUGGGUCACGCCGAGACGCUCCUCCCCCUGCUGUCGCUGCUGGGACUCUACAAGGACCAGGCUCCGCCCACCGCCCACAACUACCAAUCACAGCACGGUCGUAGUUUCCGCUCCAGUCUCAUAGUCCCCUAUGCGGCCAACCUGCUGUUUGUGCUGUAUGACUGCCAGCGCGGCCCGCGGCUGCAGCUGCUGGUCAACGAGUCCCCGGUGCGGUUCCCGGGGCUGCAGACGGAGGACGCUCCGCUCUACCGGGACGUCCGGGCCACGUACCGCCACCUGCUGGACGGCUGCGACUUCCACCGGGAGUGUGAGGUGAGGACGAGCGGCCGCGGGCCCAACACCGAGCUCUGAGGGACGCCCGGCUAAGCCCCGCCCCCUGGACACUCAGCGUCCAAUCAGGUGUCAGCAACUCGUGUUAGGGCUGGCCGAUAAGUCUGAUCAUUUACUGUCAUGUUAUAUCAAGAUAUCAGGAUAAACUUUAGCCUCAUUAAAUUAAAUUAAAUUAAAUGGUACGUUUUAUUGUCAAGAAAUCACAGAGGAUCAUAGAACGACAGCCACAGAGAAAACAAUAUCCACUUAUUUCCCGUGUUAUUGAGGUCGUGUCCAUGUAGGUACCACAGCAUCAGCUGUGUUUACAUAUGUGUUUAAAAAUGUCAGCAACAGUUUUGCCAACACGAUGCCAUAAAGCAGGGGUCUCAAACUCAAAUGACCAAAAAAAAAGACACAAAAUGACAGAAAAAAACGAAAUUACUUAAAAAGACACAAAAUGACCCCAAAAAAGACACGAAAUGACUGAAAAAACACUAAAUUACUUUAAAAAGACACAAAAUGACAAAAAAAGACACAAAAUUACCCCAAAAAUACACUAAAUUACUAAGAAAAGACACAAAAUUAUUAGAAAAAGACACAAAAUUUCUAGAAAAAAAAGACACAAAAUUACUAACAAAAGACACAAAAUUACAUUACAUAACAUUUCCACUUUUUCCAGUAAAAACAAUACAGCAGAUAAUAAAGGGACCUUCCACACACAACACAGUAAAGUGCCAUUCAUAUAAAACUCACAUAAACUUUCAUAUCAAGGUGGGGGCCACAAAACAUCAUCACGAGGGCCACAAUUGGCCCGCGGGCCGCGACUUUGAGACCCCUGCCAUAAAGCCAGCAGGUUGUCCAACAAUCAGAAGUUAAUUUGUGGUCGUGCUGCUUUAACCUCUGAACCCCAACACGCCGCUUCAGGGCGCUUUUUGCUCUUGUGGCCUUGUAUUUCACCACAAUAUAUAAAAUAUCUACAUAAUCUAUAUAAUCUAUAUAAUCUAUAAGUCCUGCAGCUCUAUGGCAACAGCACAGUCAUGGCUAGAAGUGGGAACAACAUCUUUUGGGCAGAAUAACAUGGUUACAAUGACAUAAAUCAUAAAGUUGAAUUUCUGAUAAAUUAUUUUUUCCAAGUGCCCAACUGUUGGGGAAGAAAUGUCCUCUACAUAUUUUACAUAUUGAAUUGCUUCCAGCCACUCCUGUCCUCUCCCCUCGGUUCUGUGCAAACAGAUGUUCAGUGAAUAUUUGUCACCAAAACAUACUUUUACUUUACUUUUUGGGGUUCAGAGGGUUAAAUGGUCUUCUUGCAGUUAUUUCUGUCAUUGUCACAGGCCUAUAUAUUUAAUAAUAAAAAAAAUGGAAUAACUAGGAAACGUGCUAUAUCUUUAUAUAUACUGUUGUCACGAUAUGAAACAACCUGAUGGGGAAAGAAUAUUUUGCAUAUUUCCAGCCCUUCUCCAUGUAUAAAGUUUCCUAAAACACAGAAAAUGAAGUGUAGUUUGUUCUGUAAUAACAGAUUUAUAAAUCUGUCUGUUUUUAAUAUGAUGGAACUUUUGUUUAAUUAAAAAAAAGUUUAAAUGUCACGCUAAUAGCAAAUAAUUUAAAGAAAAUACCAGAAAUCUGAUAUUUCCUUUAUAUUCUUUUAUACACAAAUAAGACUAUAUGAAAGAAGCACUUGAAUAAAGGAAUUUUUAUUUAUGGGAAAAAAAUCCAUGAAUUUAAACUUUAAAGGGAUAUUUCAUCAGUAUUUGACAGGAACAGAUUUUUAAAUUUCAUUUCAUUGGACAUAUUUGCCUUGAAAAUCUAAAUUUUCUUUCGUGGUAGCUUUGUGUGUCAAAGCUCAAAGAUGAAUCAACGAAGACGAGAUAUUGCAUGUUCAGAAAAAUAAUUCAAGCUGAGUUGUUGUGAUUCAUAGGUGUGUGUGUUUUUGGUGAACUGACCCUUUAAUCAGCGAUGGAAACCAGAGUCAGUGGGGAAAUAACCAUGUUUCUGUUAAAGUCCAAGUGAAUUUAGAGCGAUAUUUAGAAAUGUUGUAUUAAAGACAACUAGAUGUUUCAGCUGGUUUAGAGCCAAUAAACAAAGCUGCACUAACGUACUUUGGUCAGCAGAUGGCAGUGUGAUGUGUUGCUGUAGGCUGAUCUGUCUAUAUAUAUAUAUAUAUAUAUAUAUACAGUAGAAGAAGAGAUUGUGCGAGAGAGAAAAUACAAUAAAUACAACAAUAAGAGCUUGCUGGUGUUAAUGUGCUUAGAUAAUGUCGGUGACAUUAACUAUUUUGCAAAAAAAGACAAAAACCGCCUCAAGCGAGUGUAAAAACUCUUGAUGGAAACACAACUACAGAUAAAACCAUCAUGGCCGUGCUUCCCUCAAUUCAUUUCUAUGCACAGUUUGGAGAUUUGUGUGAGAAAAGCUUGACGGAAGCACCAAAAUUAAAUAAAACUUUUGAAAAUGUGCAUGAACGUUUUUUAACUUGCUUCAGUUGGGUUUUUGGGUUUUUGUCUUCUUCGAAACCACUUGUAAUGCACUAAACGGGAGAUGGAAACGCUUUUUCUGAACAAGUUCUGACGUAGAACAUUGAACCCACAUGACUGAUCAGCUGAUCAGCUCUGACAUUAAACAACAAUUACAAGUUGCCAAAUUGAAUCCAAUUCCUGAAGACUUCUCUCCAUUUUCUCCAGUUGUCUGAUCAGAAACCUCUUUUUUGUUGUCGUGUCUCUCUCGCACAAUCUUUUCUUCUUCUACUGUUUUACAGAUUAGCCUACAGCGAUACAUUACACUGCCAUCUUCUGACCAGAGAACAUUAAUGCAGCUUUGUUUAUUUGCUCUGAACCAGCUGAUGGAAACGUCCCUAAAUCACUGUUUCUUUAAUGCCACAUUCCCAAAAAAUUGCUUCAAAUUCCCUUUGACUUUGAUGGAAACUUGGCGAAUGGCUCUUCAGGGUUCACUCUGGCUUUGUUCUCUUCAGGAUUUAAGUUUGCUUUAUGUUCUUUAUUUAUUCUGAUUUCUUUGAUAAUGUGGUGCAUUUAUUUAAUUGAUUUAUGCCUCAUAACAGCCACAAAGUGCUGCUCUUAACUCUGUUAACUGUUUUGAAGUGAAAAAGAGUUUAUUCAGAUGAUUUCCAUCAGGAGAUGAUGAGGCUGUUCAGUUCUUACUGUUUUUGUGUCUUCAGGGUUCAUAAUUUAUUGAGUUUAUAUUCUUUUUAAACUGGUGUCAGGUUUCACUCGGUGCUUCUUCUUUAUUUGACUUUAUUGCAGAAAGAUGGUUGCCAAAUGUUUUUAAUUGAAAGCUUUAAUAAACAUUUUUCACAAAUGA